AUGCAAAUUGGACGUAUCAGUUUUCACCAAAGCAUACGACCCACUCAGAGUGGUCUUAUGCUAAAUAUUGAUCAAUCCUCUACAGUAUUCAUCAAGCCCCUACUGGUGAUGGAUUUUGUUGAGAUGCUGCUGAACAGGGAUAUAUCUGACACACAAUUAACUGGUACAGAUCUCUUGAAGAUUGUGAAGGCACUAGAAGGUGUAAAGGUUCAUGUACUGUGCAAUAUGCACAAAGAAUACUGUGUAUCCGGUGUUACCUCACAAUCAGCAGAAGAGUUGAUUUUCCCGGUUGAUAGUCAUAGUACCAGGGAGCCUAGGGAGACAGUAUUGCAAUACUUCCAGAAGAGAUAUGGUGUUAGUAUUCAGUACAAAUCUUUGAACUGUUUGCAAGUGGGCACCCCGCAGAGGCCGAAAUUUCUUCCGUUGGAGGUCUGUAAGAUCGCCAAGGGGCAGCGUUACCCGAAACAGCUUAAUCGGGGAAAACAGAUGGAGGAUUUUCUUAAAGUAGCUAAGCAGCCCCCACAUGAGCGUGAGAAGGGCAUUUUACGGGCUUUGCAUUUCACUCAUAGGAAUCAAUGUGCUGUGAAAUUGGGAAUCAAAAUUGAGGAUGAACUUGUCUCACUGCUAGCUCAUAUUUUAUCUCCUCCUUUGCUUAAGUUCAACGAGUAUGGCAUGGCAAGAUCAUUCUUGCCACACUAUGGUAUAUGGAAUAUGAUGGGCAAGAAAAUGGUCAAAGGUGGGAGAGUGAAUAGCUGGGCAUGUAUCAACUUUUCCUUGCAUGUGCGACAAAACGAAGCUACUAAUUUCUGUUAUGAGCUUGCUAUUAUGUGCCUAGCAUCUGGGAUGGGAUUCAAUCUGAGUCCUGUGCUUUCUGUAGAGACUGCUAAACCUGAACAUGCACAACUGGCACUGACAUCACUUCAUAGCUAUGUCAUGGCCAAACUUGGACCAGGCAGAAAUCUUGACCUUCUGCUUGUGAUAUUGCCUGACAAGAAUGGCUCCCUUUAUGGUGAUCUCAAAAGAAUAUGUGAGACAGAUAUUGGACUGGUUUCUCAGUGUUGUCUAUCAAAACAUGUCUUGAGGAAGAAUAAGCAGUAUCUUGCAAACGUUGCCCUUAAAAUUAAUGUUAAGAUGGGAGGAAGAAAUACUGUACUGAAUGACGCUCUAGAAAAGAAACUUCCCCAUGUUGGGGACACACCGACUAUUUUUUUCGGUGCUACUGUUACCCAUCCUCCUCCUGGAAAAUGUUCUUCUCCUUCCAUUGCAUCUGUUGUUGCUUCUCAAGACUGGCCUGAAGUUACUAGGUAUGCUGGAUUAGUUAGUUCGCAACCUGGUCAUCAUGAGUGGAUAAAUAAUCUGGUUGAACUCCAGUAUGAUAGUGAAAAAGGGAUCGUUACUGGUGGGAUGAUCCGCGAGCAUCUCAUUUCUUUCUAUCGGCUUACUGGACAGAAACCGCAGAGAAUUAUUUUUUACAGAAAUGGGGUGAGCAAAGGACAGUACUCUCAGGUUCUGAAGAACGAACUUUGUGCCAUUAAACUGGCAUGUAAAUCAUUGGAGAAAGAUUAUAACCCAACAAUUACAUAUGUUGUGGUCCAGAAGCGUCAUCGUACACGGCUGUUUCCCGCUGAUUACCGUGACAAGCCCUCUGAUUCAACUGGGAACUUAUGGCCUGGUAGUGUCGUGGAUUCAGUAAUAUGCCAUCCAGAUGAAUUUGAUUUUUACUUGUGUAGCCAUAGCUGCAGCAGGGAUAAGGGUCGUGGAACAAUUCGGCCCAUGUAUUACCAUGUUUUGUGGGAUGAGAAUAAAUUUCUAGCAGGCGAUUUCCAAACAUUGACAUACUACUUGUGCUACAUGUAUGCUGGGUGUACCCAUUCCAUUUCAAUAGUUCCCCCUUUGCGUUAUGCCCAUCGUUUGGCUUCUCGAGCUCGCUGUUAUACUGAACCACGGUCGUCUUUGGAGAGCGGAUCCACUGCAAUCAGUGCCGAGCCGGUGGGCCUUCUUCCAAUAAAGGAUAAUUUAAAAUUUGGCAUGUUUUUCUGUUAAGUUGAGGGCACACUGAGUACUGUAAAUCUGUCUAAUACUAGCAUGAAAGAAAAACUGCCCGUUAAAGAACAUGAAUGUACUAAAGU